AUGCUCGCGGUGUUCAGCAGGGAGGUGGCGCCGAGCCCGGAGGGGCUGCGGCAGCAGGGCGAGGCCGGGAACGGCGCGGAGGGGCUCGCCGACCGGUUCCGUGAGGCGCGCCCGGGCGCGGUCACCGUCAGCUUCGGCGACGCCGCGGCCAUGGCGUACUCGUCCCACGACCAGAGCCCCUUCCUCCCCAGGUUGUUUGGUGUUGUCGACGACAUAUUCUGCCUGUUCCAAGGCGCGAUCGAGAACAUCGCUGUCCUGAAACAGCAGUACGGGCUGAGCAAAGUUGCGACUGAGAUCAACAUCGUCAUUGAGGCUUACAGAACCCUGAGGGACAGGGGACCUUACCCUGCAGACCAAGUCGUCAGAGAUUUCAAUGGGAAAUUCGCGUUUGCGCUGUAUGAUCGCUCCACCACUUCGGUCUUCAUGGCUGCUGAUGCUGAUGGCGGCGUCCCAUUUUACUGGGGAGUUGACUCCGUGGGUCAUCUUGUCGUCUCUGACGAUGCUGAAAUUGUGAAGAAUGCUUGUGGAAAAUCGUUUGCGCCAUUCCCCAAAGGUUUCUUCUUCACUACGUCUGGGGGAUUGCAGAGCUACGAGCAUCCUCUGAACGAGGUCAAGCCGGUGCCAAGGGUCGACAGCAGAGGUGAAGUAUGCGGCACAACUUACGCAGUCGAUGCAGAGGCCAAGAAGGAUGUCGCCAGCAUUCCUAGAACUGGCAGUGCUGCAGAUUGGUCUUCGCAAUACUAAAUCCGCAGAUACCGUCAGAAGCAUACGGAUCAGCCUUGUGCCUGUGUUAUAUACUACCG